AGCACCCAUCUGUACAAAAACAUGGUCCAUAGCAGAACCGCAUGGUGUGGUAUUAUAGCUCUGUUAACAAUUAGCAGUGGAAAGUGCGACGAUGAUUUUUGGAGCGAGAAUGACAAUUCAUUCGUGCCGACUCCACCAAGUGAUUAUGCCUCCCGAGUGAACCUGGAAGAUUGUUAUGAGCGGUUCUACAAAGAGAAGCGUUUCCUUAUCAACGGUAGCCCAUUUGUACUCAAUGGAGAGCCAGUUGCGUUGGGAGAGUACAGUUCUUUCGUUGCCAUUGGGUGGACUCGCAGCUCAUCAAAAACCGAUUACCUAUGCGGAGGAGUGCUGAUCACGCUGAAACACGCUCUGACGGCUGCUCACUGCGCCGUAGACGCCAACCAAAAGAGUCCAGACACGGUUCGACUCGGGGAAGUUGAUUUAUCCAGCUCGGCCGAAGACCAUAAUGCACAACAGAUCGCUAUCAAACGGUUUGUCAGGCAUCCCGAUUACAGGAUAUCGCGAUCCUAUCAUGAUAUUGCCCUAAUCGAACUGGAACGAAGUGCUGAGCCUGGACCGUUCGUCUGUUCGGCUUGCCUUUAUACCGAACAAAAAUUGAAUUUUGACCAUUUGACGGUGAUGGGAUUUGGUGCCACAAACUUCGGUUCUGCUUCAAGCCCAGUACUGCUUAAGGCGGAUCUUUCUUUGCUUGAAGAAGCAGAUUGCAAAGCACAGUUCCCGGCUAAUCGCAAGAUAGCGGAAGGCAUAAAGUCAAGUCAAUUCUGUGCGGCUGCACCCGAUAAGGAUGCUUGUUCCGGUGAUUCUGGAGGGCCGAUAUUGAUUGAUUUAGUAGAUCCAUCUAGGGAGAAGAAAAUCCCGUUCGUUGCCGGUAUCGUGUCUACCGGGACAGGUUGCAGCGAUGGAUCCAUGGGUUUGUACACUCGAGUGGCAUCUUAUAUCGAUUGGAUCGAGGCUGUCACUGGAGUAUCGUUUGAUUAUGAAAAUUGUACUCGACAUACAGAGUGUGAGAGAUACUAUGAUAGAGCUACAAGCGCAAUUAUGGUACCACAGUUUUAUAUCGCCACUCACGUCUAUUUGAAGAACGACAGAAACGGCGAAUCCAACUGUGGAGGAACGCUGAUAGACUACCGGCACGUCGUCACCUCAGCCGAUUGUGCCAUGGGACAAAACAAGCCAACAUUCAUACUGCACCGGAGAGGUCAUGUCAAUAUCACAAAAAUUACAAUUCACCCCGAAGCUCACAAGGAAGAACACAAUUUGGCUAUUCUUGAAUUGGACAUGUAUCUCAAUACAAACAAAACUUUUUUUUCGGCCGCCCCUGCCUGUUUGCCGAAGGAACCAGCCGCUCCACUUCCGCGACUUUCCGUGUCAGUCGUUGAUCCACAUUCCAAGCAGCAACUGGUCAUGCACGCAAUGGUAUCCCAGGAAACAAAUUGCGCCGAACAAUUUAUAUGCACAAAGAAUAACGAAGAUCUGGCUCCCGAAAGCUGUGCGGUGCAACCCGGAGCAUCCGUUACGAGCAUUCGCUCGUUCAAUGAUGAAGUACAAUUCAUAUAUGGCGUUAAUACGGAGAGUUCCAGCUGCGCAGGCCGAGAUGUACAGCUGAAAGCCGUUUCAAUUGCUCGGCAUCGCUCCUGGAUCGAGUCAGUAGUUCUGAAUCACAAAGUACAGGCGAGAAUACCUGAGGAAGCUCCCAUGCAACAGGAAUACUUCGAACGUCCUUGCACUGCUUGCCACUACUAGCGCAACAUCGAAAAGGGUUGACGAAGAUUAAGCACUGCUUGUUCGAAAAAUUUCAACCGAUCGUUUGCUGUCCGAAUGCUUAUCUAUAAUUUAGAAUCUUUAAAAAAAAUUUGAUCCUUUUAUGAAUAAGACCAAUCAGUAAUGGAAUAUGUCCUUACCUGCUGCUACCCGCAUAUUACUUAAUGGUGAUUGUACUUCCAGUCCUAGCAAGUUCCAAAAUUGAAUUCCAAUAUCCAAAUCAAAACAGCAAAUACACUUUCAAAAUACAAUCACCAAAUCAAACCUAAAAAUUC